AUGGAUUCCUACUUUCUUGUCCCUCCUGAAUUGCCAGGCGCAGGCGGCUUGGCUCUCCUAUGGAGAUCCGAUAUCCAUAUUCAGAUACUGUCCUCCAAUCAAAAAUUCAUCGAUGCUGUUAUCUGUUACAAAGAUAUGAAGUUCUUCAGUACCUUUGUUUAUGGAGCCCCAGAAAUACAAAAUAGACAGAGAGUUUGGGAUCAUCUUACUUCGCUAGUAGACCCGAGAUCUGAACCCUGGUUCCUUACGGGAGAUUUCAAUGAUCUUAUAGACAACUCCGAGAAGAUGGGAGGCAGAGAUCGACCGGAGAGUUCCUUCAGCACCUUUCGAACAUUCCUAUCGUCAAACGACCUCUUUGAUCUUAAACAUACAGGGAAUUUUCUUUCCUGGCGAGGAGUUAGACACUCACACACGGUGCACUGCAGAUUGGACAGGGCUUUGGCCAAUAGCUCAUGGUCAGACCUUUUCCCAUACGGAUGCUGCCACUAUCUACAAUAUGAAGGGUCUGAUCAUCGUCCUGUUCUAUCCGUGUUCAACGCAUCUCUCCGCAAAGGACGUCGAAUCUUUCGGUAUGAUAGGAGAUUGCGAGACAAUCCAGAGGUACUUAAACUCGUCGAGAGGGCCUGGAACAAAGAUGACAACAGCCCUGUGAUGAUGAAGAUCUCCCGAGUUCGAAGGGCAAUUGCGGACUGGAGCAGAAUUCACUAUAUCAACAGCCAGAAAUCCAUUGAAGAUCUAAAAGCGUCUCUUGAUACAGCAAUGGGAAGCUCAACUGCAGAUGAUGUCCUCAUCUCAAACAUCAACCAAAAGCUCCUGCAGGCGUAUAGAGCGGAGGAGGAGUUCUGGAAACAACGUAGCCGCCAACUUUGGCUAGCUCUUGGAGAUCAAAACACGGCAUUUUUUCAUGCUUCUACAAAGGGUUGCAGAGCAAGAAACAGGAUUUCAGUCAUUGAGAAUUCUGCAGGUAUCCCGGUUUAUGAGGACGACAAGAUAGUGGAGGUUAUCUCCUCUUAUUUUCAAGAUAUCUUCACCUCUUCAAACCCGGAUCCCUCAGAUAUAAUAAUAAGAGCCCUUACACCUUGUAUCUCUGAAGCAAUGAACAACUCCCUUACCGGUUUUCCGUCACCACUAGAGAUCAAAGAAGCCCUCUUUGCAAUCCACCCAGAUAAAGCUCCUGGUCCAGAUGGCUUCUCAGCUAGCUUCUUCCAAACAAACUGGGAUCUGGUGAAACCUGCAUUGGUCCACGAAAUUAGAGGUUUCUUUUCAUCAGGCUGUCUCCCAGACAAGAUCAAUGCUACUCAUGUGAGACUUAUACCCAAGAUACACGCGCCAAAAAGUGUAGCUGAUUAUAGGCUUAUUGCUCUUUGUAACAUCUAUUACAUAGUGAUCUCCAAGCUACUGUCUAUAAGACUCAAACCUAUUCUACAAGACUCAAUCUCGGAAAAUCAAUCUGCAUUCAUACCAGGAAGAGCUAUCUCAGAUAAUGUUCUUAUUACACAUGAAGUAUUACAUUACCUGAAGAUCUCGGCUGCGGAGAUUCAUUGCACUAUGGCAGUAAAGACCGACAUCAGCAAAGCGUACGAUCGCCUCGAGUGGUCUUUCAUCAAGCGGGUACUGGAAAGGAUGGGUUUCUGCGAGGUCUGGAUCAGUUGGGUUAUGCAAUGUAUCACAACGGUAUCUUACUCCUUUCUCGUAGACAGCACAGCAGUUGGGACCGUCACCCCACAGCGAGGAAUACGCCAAGGGGACCCGCUUUCCCCAUAUAUCUUCAUCCUAUGUGGGGAAGUGAUGUCUGGCCUCUACAAAAAAGCACAACAGGAAGGCACGCUAGCAGGAAUCAGAGUCUCAAACCACAGCCCAAGGAUUAAUCAUCUACUGUUUGCAGAUGAUACAAUGUUUUUCACUAAAACUAAUCCCCUAUGCUGUGCUACUCUACUUCAAAUUCUACAAGACUAUGAGUAUGCCUCAGGACAGAAGAUCAAUUCUGCUAAAUCGUCAAUCUCUUUCUCAUCAAAAACUCCCGAGGAGGUGCGCUCAAUGGUUAAACUGCAACUAGGAAUAGACAAAGAGGGAGGAGUGGGGAAGUACUUGGGCUUACCAAAACAUUUUGGAAGGAGAAAAAGGACUUGCUUCAGAGACGUGGAGCUAUUCAACAUCGCUCUACUAGGGAAGAUAGCUUGGAGGAUUCUUACUAAACCACACUGUCUACUCUCUCGUAUUCUCCUAGGGAAAUACUGUCACAGUAAAUCUUUCCUAUCAGUUCCAUCUCAAGGGGGUUCCUCCCAUGGCUGGAAGGGAAUCAUAGCGGGGAGAGACCUUCUAAUCAGCCACCUAGGGAAAUCUAUUGGGGACGGGGAGAGUACUAAGGUUUGGAAGGACUCUUGGAUUGAUAAUGGCAGCAACACCCGUCCAUUUGGACCAUCUACGCUACAAGACCAAGAUCUCUUAGUGGCUGACCUCCUAUCUAGAGAGACACGGGAAUGGAAUGUCGCGAAGAUAAAUAGAACCUUACCAGAACUCGCAGAGCGCAUCCUUCAAAUAAGGCCGAGCCGUCUGGGGACACACGACACCUACAUAUGGAACCUCAAAUCGUCGGGGGAGUACACGACGAAAACUGGGUACAUGGCACUGACACAAAACAUCGCUGAAGUCUCGACUCCUGCAACAACAAACAGUAUCGACUGGAGAAAGUUAGUUUGGUCAAACAGAACAGCACCAAAAAUAAAGUUGUUCUUAUGGAAGAGCCUACAUGAGGCCCUACCCACGGGCUUCAAUCUACAAAAAAGAGGAAUGAGAGAGAAUACCGCUUGCUGCAUAUGUGGAGCCAUUGAAACUACAGACCACCUCCUCUUUCAAUGUCGGUUCGCUCGGGAUUUGUGGAGCUUAGGUCCAUGGGAAACUCCUUUCGAUUCUUCUAGUUGUGAUUCCCUUUCGGCGAACCUCCUGGCCUCACUACAUUGGAGAAACCUUCCCCCGAUUGGUAUCUCGAUCAACAUCUUUCCCUGGAUCUGUUGGAUCAUCUGGGUUGAAAGGAACCGGCUACUCUUCGAGAAAAGGAUUUCGACGCCGGAGGAAGCGCUAAUCAAAGCCAUCAAAGCAGCACGAGAAUGGGAAGCAGCACAACUCGCUCCCCAAAAGGCCCUGAAGCUGAAUCUUAGAUCAACGCCGGAGAAAAAGCUACCACCAAACACAAUCACAUGUAAUACCGACGCGGCCUGGAUCGCUUCAUCAACUAAGGCGGGCUUUGGCUGGAUUUUCUUCGACUCGUCUGAUAUGGAGAUCAACAGAGGCUCAUCUAACCAACUUCACGUCUCGUCUGCAUGUAUGGCCGAGGCUUUAGCUGUUAGAGAAGCCCUUCUCCACGCGUCCUCCCUCGGUUUCACCAAAAUCUGGCUUAGAUCAGAUUCACAAGUGAUCAUGAGAGCAAUCAACCAGAAACGGGGACCUACAGAGCUCUUUGGAGUACUGUCGGAUAUCGUUUCUCUAUCUUCAUCUUUUCAAUUAUGUUGUUUCUCGUUUCUUCCUAGAGACCUUAAUGGGUUAGCGAACUCAAUUGCUAAAGCCCAGCUUUGUGCUUGA